GUUAAUACGUUGGUAGUAUUCAGUGGUGAGGCCUCCGUGCGGGUCGUGGUGAACCAACAGGUGUUUCGAGUUCGGCUCCGUGUGGUACCGGUUCUUUUGAUUCUCUCGAGUGGUGUUUACGUCGGGUGCCUUUCACUGACGAACAGAUUCGUUGGUCUGAAGUUGUACGUGGUUACACAUCGCCGUGAAGGAAACGUAAUAUGAUGUCGGAGACCGUUGUGACGAUGGACGGUUCCAGCAACAACGCGACCAACAAUCCUCGCCAGGUACCUACGGUGAAGACGGAACCGGGUCAACCGAACCCUCUGGCAGGAAUUAGAUUGAAUGUACCCUACUUCACGACCAUACCCGGGAUCAUCAAGCUGGUGCAAGUGGGCCUUGGUAUACUGUGCAUGGCGUGCGUGUCUCCAGCGCGCUUAAGUGCGAGCCAUUGGUUUCUAUUCGUCGCCGUAACAACGUUUAUCGCCACAUUAAUAUGGUGUUUUAUUUAUUUGCUGUCAAUUAGAGAGGCUCUUAAAAUACCCAUCAAUUGGAUUUUGACGGAGCUUUUGAACACAACGUCGUCCGCCGUCCUGUACAUGAUCGCCUUCAUCGCUCAAUUAUCUGUUUGGAGCGCAUUUACUGGAUCUUAUGUUGCGGCGAACAUCGCUGGCGGGGUAUUUGGAAUCUUAAACACGCUCGCGUACGCUGCCGGAGCGUACUUUCUGUACAUCGAGUGGAAGAGCAGCAAUACGCAGUGAAGAGGAUCGGAGGUACUGGGAGAGACGCCAGGUACCUGAAGAGAGCACCUCUACGGCGGGGCUACUACACUUGGGGUUCUCGCGAUCACGUCGGGUCUGCUGGCUGACCAACAUCCAUGGACACGGUCUAAAACGCUACACCCACCCGGAGGAAUCGAUGGGUCGAAAGAAGCUAGUCCAAUGGGACCCCCUCACCCGAUCGUGUGUCGUAGCUUAACGAGAAGAGACUCUGUAAAAUCUAUGUGCCUUAAGAUUCAGCCGACUAACGGCUCCGCGUUUCAAUCGCUCUCGUCGCCAUCCUGACACUCAGACUCCACGAUGUGUACCUGGGAGGCAAAUUAUGUUGAAUCCAAUUUCUCAAAUUUAGGAUAAAUACAUUACUUAACUAAUAUAAUAUUUUUCGUCGCUAUUUAUAAUGUUUCGUCAUGUUGGAUUCGACGGGACUUGCAUCCGGGGUACAGGUGAAGGUCAUUGCGAUGUGAGUCAUCGUCUUUCCUCUUUUUGAGAACUCUACUGAGGAACGUGCAUGCAUGGUUAUCAUUUAUGCAGCCAUGUCGAUAUUUCAAAGUUAUUUGACUUGCAGUAAUAUGGCUUUCGCUUUCGUGCGUAUCUUGGACGACCAUGAGAGCGCUGAACGACCGACAAAAACGGAUAUAGUAAGUCAGGGUUUUGCGCGGGCCUAGGACGGGUUGUUGCGCCGAAGGAACACGAAACGACUUUUACGAAGAAAGAACCUGAUUUGUCUCUCUUCGAUUUUAAUGCGCUUCUGCAGGCUGAAGUAUGAAAUAUUAGGGAAAGGAGUUAUUGUAGAUAAAAGGAUUUAAAGAUGACCUUAUAAAAUAGCAGAAAUAAAACUGCGUACCUUGGUGGUUCCUAACGAAUCGUGUCACUUUUUAUACAAGAACCGUAACAGACUUUGUAUCGAUACAAAUGUCAGAGAUGAAUAAAACUCUCAUCUAGAUAUACGAAAAUUCGAAUAAUCAAUGAAAAGUAAACAAUCAAUAAAGAUUUUCAAUCUUAAGUAUACCUACAAUUAAGUUAUAUUUCACGUUGAACGGAUAAAAGCAUAUCUGGAUACCAGUUCAAUCGAUAAACACUGCGAAUAAAUCACUUCGCUGUCUUUCUUCACCAUUUAUUAUUCGAAGAAAAUUUCGCCGAUUCUGCCUGAAAGUAUAUAACCCUUCUAUGUCGACAUUUAUUGAAUAUCUACGCCUAAUAUCUCGUACACUGCAUCAGAAGUACUCUAGCACCCUGCAGACGCACGUAAGGAUCGAAGACAAAUAGUUUAGGUCCCUCUUCUCAUCAGUUAAUCCUCUUGAGGAUUUUCGUGGAUUCUCUUCGUCGCACGGUUCAGUGUUCUCCACGAUACAAAUAGUUGUAAUUAUCGAGAACAUCAGCGCCGUUUGUCAUGUAAGAAUAGUGUCCCAGGAUCGACAAAAUCCAUAUUGGACGUCGAUGUUCCGGGAGUGCUUUUCACGAAUAUCGGUCUACAAACGAAUAUUCUCUCGGUUGUUGGUACGCGUAUCUCGUGCGGCACUGUUCCCGUCCAAAUAAUUUUUUUAACCGUACCUUUUUUGUCGCACUACCGCGAGUUUUUACUUAUAUGUAUACACAAAUUAUAUAUAUAUAUAUAUGUAUAUCUAUUUUAUAUAGGUAAUAUAUUUGCACAAAUCGAGUGCCGUCUACAUCGUUCUUCUUCUUUUUUUAUUAUCUUUCACUCAUACGUAAAGGGCCCUUGUAUUUCGCAUUCGUUGAUGUAAGCGUGUGAAAGGAUAAUCGAUUACUAUAUAAAUGGAUGUUUGCGAAUACAUUGUAUUUUCUUUCUACACAUACUGCUAUGGAAAUACACGCACGAUCAUUUUCGA